AUGAAAUUAUUGGUGCACAUGCGACGACUAGUUCUAGGAGGUUCAUCCAUGACCCACCAACGUCGAAAUGUCCUGACAAUUAAAAAGGUUCAACUUCCUCAAAAGAAUCAAGUCAACGUAAACGUGAUUCCAAUAGUAAAUGACGCGUCUUCGUCAUCCAUUCGAUUGGCCAAACGUAUCGCCCUGUCUGGUUUGUGUUCACGUCGUGAGGCAGAAAGACGUAUUCAGUGUUUUGAUGUAACUGUCAAUGGUCACGUCAUUCAUGACGUUGCAACGUCAGUGGACAAAAACCGGGAUCUUGUUGCUGUAAAUGGUCAAGUGCUUACAAAGACACAAAAGAUGAAAAUGUGGAUGGCUCAUAAACUAAAAGGGGAAUUAGUGACAAAUAGUGAUCCAUUGGGACGUGCUACGAUUUUUGAUCGACUGCGAGUCAUGGGACUUACACAGCACAUGAUGCCAGUGGGACGACUGGAUUUCAAUACGGAAGGAUUGCUACUUUUUACAAAUGAUGGCGAUUAUGCAAGAGAAUUGGAACAUCCCAAGACGGAAGUUACUCGUGUAUAUCGAGCAUUGGUUCGUGGUAAUGUCGCUAUCUCGAAACUGCAAGAGUUGCAACGAGGACCACUUGUGGAUGGAGUCAAGUAUCGACCGAUUAAGGUGGUGGUGCAGUCGACGGACAAGAAAGAUUCGUGGCUACAGGUGAAAGUUACGGAGGGAAAGAAUCGAGAGAUUCGAAAAGCGCUGGCUCAUGUGCGACUGGUGGUGAAGCGGUUGAUCCGUGUAGGGUUUGGCCCGUAUCGUCUUGCUGACCUUCCGUCUGGUGCUGUUCUUGAGGUGCGUGUAAAGUCUCUGGAUAAAAAGCAGUUUGACAAGCAGGAUGAUGACAAGAAACGGUAG